GUAUAAACGAUGAUAAUGGGUGGAAGUGAUAAUGGGUAGAAGAUUUCGGCACAAGAGUUAGAAUUUAAAAAGAAGAAGAUGGGGAUUCAGGGGCUUUUGCCUCUAUUGAAAUCCAUAAUGGUGCCGAUUCACAUCAAAGACCUUCAAGGAUGUUCUGUAGCUGUCGACACCUAUUCAUGGCUCCACAAAGGGGCAUUGUCUUGCAGCAGAGAGCUCUGCAAGGGUUUAGCCACCUCCAGGCACAUAGAGUACUGCAUGCAUAGAGUAAACUUGUUACGGCAUUAUGGUGCUAAACCUGUUCUUGUCUUUGAUGGUGGUCUUUUGCCGAUGAAGAUUGAACAAGAGAACAAGCGUGCAAGGGCAAGGAAGGAAAAUCUUGAACGUGCCAUUGAGCAUGAAUCAUGUGGGAAUUCUUCAGCAGCUUAUGAAUGCUACCAAAAAGCUGUUGAUAUUUCACCUUCAAUUGCACAUGAAUUAAUCCAGGUCUUGAAGCAGGAGAGUGUAUGUUAUGUUGUGGCUCCUUAUGAAGCAGAUGCCCAAAUGACUUUUUUGGCACUCAGCAAACAGGUUGAUGCGGUUAUCACAGAAGACUCUGAUCUCAUACCGUUUGGCUGUCCUAGGGUUAUCUUUAAAAUGGACAAAUUUGGGCAGGGUGUUGAGUUUAAACAUUCUACGCUGCAGCAGAACAAGGAGCUAAGCUUUUCUGGAUUUACCAAGCAGAUGCUACUUGAGAUGUGCAUUUUAAGUGGUUGUGACUAUUUGCAGUCAUUACCAGGAAUGGGCCUGAAAAAGGCUCAUGCACUUAUUAAAAAGUUUAAGAGUUAUGACAAGGUAAUUAAACACCUUAGAUACAGCAGUGUUUCUGUCCCUCCCCUUUAUGAAGAAUCAUUCAGGAAAGCACUAUUGACUUUCCAGCAUCAACGGGUUUAUGAUCUCAUCACUGAAGAUAUUGUACAUUUGUCUGAGAUAACCAGUGAUAUUGCUCAAGGCAUAGCAAAAGGUGAUCUUGAUCCAUUUACCCAAAUGCAAUUUGAGGUUGGUACUGUGAGUUCUCAGCUGGUGCUUGACAAAAAUUCACACCCAAAAAGUUUUAAACCUUUAGGCGAAAGGAAAAAGCUAGAUUUACCUGUGCAGAAGAAUCUCCUUACCAAGUAUUUUUGUUUUGCAUCUCUUGAGGCAAAGCGAAACUUCAAGGCUCCUAGGGUAUCACCCAAGCAUCCAUGUCCAGCCGCUGAUUCUUCUCCUAGUCCUGAGGAGCAUGUCAACAUGGAGGCUGUUUCUGGUGAAAUAAAUAAUUCAUUGUCAUCUUCACCCAAUUCUGAAAAUAUGACUAAGAUCUUUCCUAACAACUCUGUGGAAAACGGAUCUACUUUCAAGAUUCUUGAGUGUUCAGAAUCUCAAGAUAAUGACAUGGCAGAUGCAACAAAAAGUCCAAAGGAUACUAUCCUUCGACAAUAUGGCAAGCCAACAAAUAAUCCUUUUCCAGCAUCACAAAAUGAAUAUGAUUGUAAAAAUGUGCCAGAUGCAGUUGUGAGCAAAGCAAGAACAGAAAGCAGAAAGGUCAUUGUAAGGAGUUGUUAUUUUCAGCAUAAGCAAGUGAAUGAGACUAACCUAGAAAAUAAACAAAAGCUAUGUAGUGAGGAUGAUACAAUUAUGCAUGAGCAUGGUGUUUUUGAUGUUCCCAAUGUUAGCUCUUUCAAGGGUGCAACCAUAAAGAGGAAGACCUCUCCAACAGAACGUUUUGAAAUGGAAAACAUUAAACCCAAGAAUAUGCGUGUCGAUGCAUCUCUUAAUAAUGAUGAUGGUUACUGCGAACCUAAUCUUGAGGAAAAAUCUGUGGAGAUGAAUGCCGGAGGGAAAUUUGGAUCUAACAUUUCACAUCUAGACCGUUACUCUGACAUAGCACAGAAAUCAAUGGAAAAUUUUGUAUCAGUAAUAUCAUCAUUUAGAUUCACUUCACCUGGUUCUCGUGCUAGUGGACUUCGUCCCCCUCUGAAAGAUGUCAGAAACACUUCUACCAAUAGAUCAUCUACUAGUCUGGAUCUCAGUCAGUUUGCUUAUCUGCCUAAAAACAAGAAGACCACAUCAGCAUCACGCAGAUGUUAAGUCUGAAGAACAUAUGUUUGAGAAUCAAUGUCAUCCAUUCUGACAUGGCUGAAGCACUGAAUCCAUUUUUGUGUGGAGACUGUAAGCAUUAGUCUUACUCUCAUUCUUGUUUCAGAAGACUCUUUUUGGAACCAGUCAAUUGGCUACAUUACCACCUGCACCAUUUCACAUUCUUUAACCACGGAUGUGACCAUGUUCCAUUUUUUGUACUUCCAUUUACGUCAAUCUCAUGAUAGCUGAAAGCGUCAACGGAAUUGAUUUCUCUGUAUUUGUUAUUGUCCAUUAGAGUUGGUUCUUGGGUUCUCUUCAAAAUUUUGCACUGUGAACCCCAAAGGAUCGUUCUUUGGUCAACAUUCUGGUGUAUUACACAACAAGCUCCUAAAUACUGGUUUCUGAAAUGCAAUUUCGUCAUUACAAACGUAUUUUGUUCAAUCAAACGCCUUUAGCCGCUCUCAAUGAAGAUGGAUAAGUAUACAUUGUGAUCCAAACAUAUAAUAAACAAAGUAUAUAUUGUGAUCUCAACUUCUUAGAAAUCCAUUAACCUUAUCCAAAAGCCAAACAGUUUCACAUUUUCAUCACACCACCUCUGCUCCAAGUUCUCUCUUUAAAAAAACCCGUCUCAGAAAAUCAAUUACAGUAUUUUCA